CCCCGCUCCGACGCGCUAAAGCCCACCAUGGCCGCAGACAAGGUAUCGCACGACACCCUCGAGGACGUCCAGACCGAGAAGGAGGGAGUCGUCCUCGACACCCUCGACGCCGGAGGGCACCACGGUCGCUCCGUCCACGAACGGCAGGUCCUCAGCAAGAAACAGACUAUCAGUGCAUACUUCACCAUCGCUGCUGCCGCCUUCGGUCUCAUCAGUGAUGGAUAUCAAAACAGCGUCAUGACCAUGGCCAACGUCGUCUUCAAAGAUCUGUACCCGACAGCCUAUACCUCGGAUGUAUCGACCCGCGUGUCCAACUCGCUCCUUGUCGGUGCUAUCAUCGGUCAGAUUAUUGUCGGUAUCAUUUGCGACCGUAUUGGCCGUAAAUUUGCUCUGAUCGGUACGACCUUAUUCAUCGUCGUCGGUGCCAUCCUCGGAACCGCCGCCCAUGGUGCAAAUGGCAGCGUUCAGGGACUCUUCUGGUUCCUAACCUUCGCUCGCGGUAUCACUGGUAUUGGUGUAGGUGGUGAAUAUCCCGCAUCCUCCACAUCUGCCAGCGAGGCGGCGAACGAGAAGAUGAUCGCGAAUCGCGGGCCUGUCUUCAUCAUGGUCACAAACUUUGUGCUGAGCUUCGGCGGACCCCUCGCUGUCUCCAUCUUCCUCAUCGUCCUAUCCGCUGCGGGCGAGGACCAUUUGCCUACCGUCUGGCGUGUCUGCUUCGGCAUUGGCAUUAUCCUCCCUCUUACCGUAUUCUAUUUCCGUUUGAAGAUGCUCAGCUCUGUGCUGUACAAGAAGGGUGCCAUCAAGCAUCGCGUCCCCUACCGGCUUGUCAUCAAGCGUUACUGGCAUGCUCUCAUCGGCACCUGCGGCGCCUGGUUCCUCUACGACUUCGUCACCUUCCCGAAUGGUGUCUUCUCGGGCACGAUCAUCAGCAGCGUCAUCCAUGACAACAGCAUCAGGCGCACUGCCGAGUGGCAGCUCCUGCUCGGCACCCUCGCACUCCCAGGUGUCUUUGUCGGUGCUUUCCUCUGCAACCGCUUCGGCCGCCGCAACACCAUGAUGCUCGGCUUCAGCGGAUACCUCAUCUUCGGUCUCAUCAUCGGAUGCGCCUACGACAGGAUCACAAACAUCAUCCCGCUCUUCGUCAUAUUCUACGGUUUCAUGCAGUCCUUCGGCAACAUGGGCCCGGGCGACAUGCUCGGCCUCGUCUCCGCCGAGUCGUACGCGACGGCCGUGCGCGGGACGUGCUACGGCCUGUCCGCGGCGGUCGGCAAGACCGGCGCCGCCAUCGGCACGCAGGCGUUCACGCCGAUCCAGAACAACCUCGGCAAGAAGUGGACGUUCAUCAUCGCCGCUAUCUGCGGCGUCACCGGCAUCAUCAUCACCUACUUCUUCGUGCCCGACAUGACCGGCGUCGACCUCGCGGACGAGGACCGCAAGUUCAUGGCCUACCUCGCCGAGAACGGCUGGGAAGGCGACGUCGGCGAGGACCUGGCGAGCGAGGCGUCGAGCAUCGACGACGCGGAACUCGAGAAGCAGCAGCCCAUUCAGUGACCCGCUUCUCUACGCUUUUCAUGCCCUGGUCACAGUUGUAUUCUUCGCUCUUGGGACGUGUACUAGUUUCUACGAUGUAGCUAAGUUCUGCCAGCCCAUUCCGAUAGACGGGCCAGAAGUGGUCUCGACGCGGGCGGAUUACCGUACAAAAUUUACUGUAUU